AUGUCUGCAAUGAACGAGACCACGGUCGCCGAAGGAAAUGCACUGAACGCGAAAAUUAUAACAAUGACCUGCCUCUUCAGCGUCUCCAUGAUAGUCGGGUCUCUGCCGAGUAUAAUAUCCAUUAAGUACAAAUGGUUCACGCCAAAGGAAGACACGAACAUGCGUACUUCUAACUCCCUGGUCGUUGGGUUGCUUUCGUUCGGAGGGGGAGUGCUGUUCGCUACGACGUUUAUGCAUCUACUGCCCGAAGUUGACAAGAAUGUGAAAGAGUUACAAGAACAAGGCAGACUACCAGAAAUGCCAAUAUACCUGGCGGCCCUAAUCAUGUGUUGCGGUUUCUUCAUGAUGUACCUGGUCGAGGAGUUAGUCCAUGUAUACAUAACGAGGAGAGAAAACAAGACUGCCAACACUAGCUUUACAAGAGUGCUAAGCAUAAGACGAAGCAAUUCCGAAGAAGAAGGUGCCACGCAGGUCAUAAAGAGUGUGGAGGCAGGUGCAAAGGGCCAUGGACACAGUCAUUUACCGAUACAGGGCGACGACACUAUAGUGUCUGCUUUAAGAGGAUUAUUGAUCGUACUUGCGCUGUCCAUACACGAGCUGUUUGAAGGUCUUGCUGUGGGCUUGGAGGCUUCAGCCAAUAGUGUCUGGUUUAUGUUUGGGGCAGUAUCAGCUCAUAAGUACAUCAUUGCCUUCUGCAUUGGAGUAGAACUUCUCGCAGCAGGAACCAAGAAGUGGCUUUCUACAAUUUACAUCUUCACAUUUUCCUUUGUGUCCGCUUUGGGUAUCGGAGUGGGAAUCCUACUGGUCGGAGGAUCUGGUGCCGCGUCAGCUGGUCUGUACUCUGUUGUCUUGCAGGGUCUGGCUUGUGGAACGUUGGUCUAUGUAGUUUUCUUCGAGGUAUGGAGACAAGAUAGGAGCGGAAUAAUGCAGUUCCUGUGCGCUCUCGUAGGAUUUACGCUCAUGGUCAUUUUAGAUGCUGUAGCUGAGUCCCUUAUGUGA